GAUGUCUGUGUGUGGCUGUUUGAGCAGGGUAGACCAGGCGUGAAAGUAUACAGAUGCUUACUGUACACGUCCAUGAUGAGUCAGUGACAUAGGCUUAGCCUAGUUAGGCUUUCGUACUCGUAGUGGUGUCAUUCACCAUUUUCAUUAACCCUGUAAUACUUACUUUAUUACGUAUUUUAACUAUAAGAUGGCUGGUGCUCUUGAACGAUCUACAAGGGAUUUAACAGAAAAAUGUACAGUGGAAAACGCCAAAAGGCUAGCUUUUCCUCUACUGGCGGUGAUUCUCAGCCUACACGGAUUAGGUUUCUACUUCAGCCAACAGAGUGGAUAUGAUACAUGUGAUGUUCUGUUAACCACUGGCUACUAUUUAACACCCAAGCAGUGGCAGCCGAAGGGAUGUAUGAUGCACAAGUACAAGGCAGGAGAAAUUGGACGGUGUCUUCAAAACCAGCGUGUCGCAUUCAUUGGUGACUCUAGAGUGCGACAAUUAUAUAACUCAUUCCUUACAGAAUUUACUGGCAAAGAAUUUCAUGAUGCUAUUGUGCAUUCAGAUCUUUCACAUACUGAGCAGUCCACAAACACGUUUGUAGAGUUUCGAUGGCAACCUCACAUUAACGAUUCGACCAUUGACUUGUAUCAGACAUGGAUAUCUGGUAAAAUACAGAAGCCAAAUCUUAUUAUUCACGGUGCCGCUACCUGGGCUAUAAAAGAUUUCAAGGGAGAGUUCUCAGCCAUAGAGCAGUACAAAACUAAUUUGAGCAAAGUAGCAUUACAAAUGGACACACUGAACAAGGACCCAGACGUGAAAAUUGUGUGGAUAUUGCAAGCUCCAGUAGUUGAACCAUUAUUAAGUGGACCAAGAAAAGUAAUCACUAACAAUCAAAUUGAUCUUUAUAAUGAUGUAGCAUAUGCACAGUUUCGAAAUUCAGAUAUUCAAGUUUGGCAGUCAGUGAGGAAAACUGCAUAUUUUUCUCAAUCUCCUCCAAAAGAUGGUCUACAUGUACCUGAUGAUGUUAUUGAAACAAAUUGCCACCUCCUGCUGAAUUGGUUUUGCAAUAAAGAUAUUGACCCAGCUGAUGCUACUUGCUGUAAAGGAUUACCAUUUCCUCUUACUUUACACCAAAAGACACUGAUAAUUUUCUUUACUUUCUGCUUUUUUGGUUCACUGUUUAUGUUUACACGUGUGAAGAAAAAACAUGUCAGACAGCCACCGGAUGCCGCUUUGUGCGAAGCUGGAGAGGGUCAACUGGCAAAUGGUCAGUUACCCAAUGGCCACGUGAAGGAAAUAGAAAAUAGACAGUCGGAGGAAAUGAGCUCAAACGAGGAACUUUACAACACAUUUGUAGCUCUUACCAAGUUUGGUGUCAUAUUGGCUUACUUCUACAUCUGUGAUAGAACUGACCUCAUCCCUAAGGAACAGAAACACUUCAGCUACCUCCAGUUUUUUGUCGCCUUUGCAUACAUCGCUGUUGUUGGCUUCUUUUUCGACAGGGAAACGAAACAACCAACCUUACUGAACCGCGACCAAACUGAGGAAUGGAAGGGGUGGAUGCAGCUUGUUAUUUUAAUUUAUCAUGUGACUGGUGCUAGUACAGUCCUUCCUAUCUAUAUGCAUGUACGGAUACUGGUUGCCAUGUACCUGUUUCAAACUGGCUAUGGCCAUUUUAGCUUCUUCUGGAAGAAAGGCGAGUUCGGUAUUGUCCGUGUUUGUCAGGUGAUGUUUCGUCUAAACUUUCUUGUCUUCUUCUUGUGCUUGGCUAUGGAUCGACCUUACCAGUUCUACUAUUUUGUUCCUCUUGUUUCUUUCUGGUUCGUUGUUGUGUAUGUUGUCAUGGUGAUACCACCAAGAGCAACAGUGAAAACAGCAGCUGAACACCCAACACACUACCUGUUGAUGACUGUUAAGUUGGCUGCCUUGUUUACAGUAUGUGCAUUAAUUGGGUUUUCAGAAGUUUUAUUUCAAAAUAUGUUUAAUUGGUGGCCUAUGGUGAAGCUAUUUGCUUGGCCCGGGACCUCUUUACAUGAAUGGUGGUUUCGAUGGCAACUCGACAGAUAUGUCGUAGGAUACGGGAUGUUCUUUGCAUUUGCGUACAUCUCGCUAUCAUCCAUGGGCAAAAUAAAGGACAAUAAUCCUGCUAAUCUCUUUAGUCCGAUUUUGACAGCUAUCAUUGUCAUUGGCAGUAUAUUGGCUAUAGUAGUUUAUACUGUUCAUGCAUUCACAUGUUCCACGAAACCAGAAUGCAAUGAAGUACAUACACUGCUCAGCCUAUUACCGGUGACUGGUUUUAUACUGUUGCGGAAUGUACCAGGAUACUUCAGAACUAAAUAUAGUUCUUUUUUUGCCUGGUUUGGCAAAAUUUCUUUAGAGCUUUUUAUUGGCCAGUAUCAUAUAUGGUUAGCCAAUGACACCAAAGGAAUUUUGGUACUGGUACCACAUUACCCGACCCUAAACAAGCUCGUCAGCUCUUUUAUUUUUGUUUGCAUCGCGCACGAAAUCACAAGCAUAACCACGACUGUCACUAAGUGGGCGGUGCCGAACAAUACUAAAGUUGUUUUAAGACGCUUUUUUCUAUUUUGUGCAAUGCUGGUACUUCUAUUGUUAGCUGGUGUGUGAAGAUAUACUGCAUGUAAUGAGCUAAUGGACCUGAAAAUUUAAAAUAUAAAAUGAUUAAUAUAUGGUAGUUAAAAACAUAUAAUUAGGCUAGGGCUAGACUUUUGUAAUAUCUUCUUUAGCAAACUUAUUUUUUUAGAGAUUAUCAGAGGAGGGUGGAAAAAAUAAUUGUUUUCUUAUCUGGCAAAAUGAUUUUGCCAAAGGCAUCUAUGUGGAGGAGAAAAUA